AUGUAUACUUUUGGAUUUGGGAUGUAUUGGGAGAAACCGCUGUCAUUGCUUCUGCUGCUGGGACUGCUGGUGUGCGUCGCCGCGUCCCCCGCCCACGGUCGAAGGCGAAAAGCCUCCAGUUUGGGAAACACCGAGUGGGAUGAACCUAUGGAGACGCCAAUAGAUGAGGAUGAUCCCGUCAUCAAGGCCAUGCCGAACCCCGAAGUACCCGAACUGUACUUACCACUGAAGUGCUCCGCAUGUGGUGCCGUUGUGGAGCAUGCCAUUCACCUUCUGAAACCCGUCAUUGAGGACCACCUGGAGCGUAAGAAGCGGGCGGCACAAGAUGGAAAGAAAACAAUACAGGACUUCCAUCCGAAGGAGUUUGAAACCGUAGACGCGUUUGAGCAACUUUGUCAUGAAGUGUCGUUGCUGUACGGAUUAGAGAUGAAGGAUGCGAAGGUUUCUUCAGUGUUUUUUACCAAAAGUAAAACGAUUGGUCGUGUUCUUGGAACUUGGAUGCCGUCUUUUCUCAUCUCCACCUGUGAGGAGCUGCUAGACGAGCAGGAGGAGGAACUGGUGUCCGCCAUAUUUACUGCCGCUGAGGAAAGUGCAAAGCAGCACCCUGCGAUAAGGGCGCGGCAGUUGGUGUGUACAAAAUGGCAGCGGAGUUCGGGGGGUUGCGAUAAGAAUGGUCUACCGAUUGACCCGAGAUUGGAGGAUUCUCCCGAUCUCUAA